AUGGGGCGCGACGCUGCAAAGUCUCCUGCUCUCCUCGCCGACGAGGAGGACGAGGACGUGGCCGCCGCGCUCGACCCGCUGCUCACCGUCGCCACCACCACGGCCUCCGCCACCAGGGCGUUUAACCGCAUCGUGCAUAGACAAAAUCCCGAGGAGCAUGAACCCUUGUCUUCAGCCUUUGAUGGACCAUCUCCAACUUCUGCUAUAGUUGCAGUUGACACAGAUCUUGGUACAUCCUCACUUGCACUUACCGAGCACCACCUACACCUUUGCCUUAUGAUGUUUUCACAUUAG